AUCUGUCUCUUUCUCUCUUUGACAGUGACAGAAAGCAAAAAAUACUCCCAAAGCAAUGCAUUUUUCAUGUUGUGAUAACACUAAUCUAAUUAGGAAUAUUAAAACCUUGAUCUCGUCCGAUGGACGUUUUCAAUAAUAAUUUCCCGAUCAGUUGAAAGAUGUCAUGAGUUCCUCUGCCGAAGAGUUCAUGCUAGGAAGACAAAGGUGUCGACAAUGGGUACCUUUGAUAACACAACAAUUCCGUUUGCGUCACGUUUACCAAAUAGUAGGCCUCAACCUUCCUGCAGAGCCCAUAGGUAGCUUCUACUUUACCCUACACUCCACAACUAUGAGUGCCCCUUUUUAUACUAGUGAGCAAGUCAGCGGGUCGAAUCCCAAAUGGGAAGAGUUGAACUUGCAAGACAUGCCCAACACUUCUGCUUCCUGUGUGGUCCUGCGGAUAUGGCAGCACAGCACUGAUGGGGCUGAUGUGAUUGUCCUCACUUGGGGUGUGAACUUUUCAGGGCUUUGCUACAUAGGGAAUAAAACCACUGACAUACAGCCUGUAUACUUUAAGGGAAAUUCUGUGAUAUUUUGCAUGCAAGGAGGGUUUUAUACUAGUCAUGAAGUUGUAAAUAUGGAUUCCAAGAAGCCAAUACCAUUCUUGAGCAACCUCAAUCUGAUUGAUACAUCAAAUGGUAAUAAAGUCAUUUAUAGAAGGAUAGCUAUAAAGUCAAAUAGGCACGAAGUGCAAAGUAGCUAUAAUGAGGGAAAGCUGAGAAGGUUACAUAGAUUACAAGUGGACAUUAGGAACAAGAGCUUGGAAGUUGGUAAUCUUAGAGAUAAAAUAAGUAGGUUGAAUGGAUUUAGUAUUCAAAGAGAUGGGUCUACUGUGGAAUCUAGCUCUAGUACUAUUAGAUAUGCCCCACAACUCCUAACCAUGAAUUCACUCUACAAAAUGAUGCAGGAGAAACCAACAAUUGUUCAGAAACAAGAAAUGACAAGAAUUGGGAAAGAAAUUGAAACUGCAAAAUUCAGGACUAGGUUACUUUCCCAGGAAAAAGAUAAAAAGACUGUGAUUAUUAGAUCCUUGAGGCAAAACCAUACAGCAAUGGUUGAGGAGAAUGAAGAAAGAAAUUCUGAUUUGAUGGAAAAUUACCAUAAACUAAGCAGAGGGUCUGAGAAGCUGAAAGAGUAUAAGAAAAACCUCUUUCACCACAGGGAAUUAUAUUCCAACUUCAAUUCCCAACUACAACAAAGAAGGAAAAAACUUUUGAGAGAACUGCUAUUUAUAUACCCCAUAGAUAAGAUGGAAAAUGAUAGGUAUAGCAUUUUCAAGAUUUAUUUACCAAAUUCUGAUAUUUUGGCAGACUGUUCUGAUACUGGUUUAGCUGUAGCUCUAGGUUAUGUUGCCCAUAUAUUGAUAAUGUGUUCUACAUUCCUUCAAGUACCAUUGAGGUAUUCUGUCACACAUUAUGGUUCCAGGUCUGUCAUAACAGAUCAUGUCUCACCAUUGCUACCAGAUAAAGAUAGAGACUUCCCGCUUUUCACCAAAGGCAAAGACAAGGCGCACUUCACGUACGCCGUCUACUUGCUCAACAAGAACCUGGCUCAGUUCCGGUGGCUGCUCUACAUGAACACCACCGAUCUGCGCCAGACCCUUUACAACCUUUUGACGUUCCUGGAGGGCCCCCGCGAGACGUCUUCGGCUGCUUCUGAUAGGCCGAAGGGCGGGUCGGAAAGGGACGCGAGGUUGCACGAUUUCUCCUCCGUGUCGAAUCUGUCAGAUCCUAUUCUAGAUUUCAUAAGACAAGAGUGCCAACAGCAGAAGCAGCACAGCCCAUCGAAAAAAAGCGCCUCCAGUGGCAAAAGUAGAAGUAGCGAGUGCGGCAGAGGCCUCGGGGAGAUUUUGGCCAUUCCGGAGGCGUACCUGAACAGGAGGAUCAGCUCCGACUCCUUCAGGAGUUUCAUGAGCCGGGGGUUGAGGCACGAGGGGAGCGAAAGUUGUUGUGGUUCAUCGACUCCUCCAAUCUCAUCUCAAGACUCUUUAGCCAGCCAGAUAAAAAUCACCAACGGCAAAGAGAUCGUCCGAGAUUCCGAUGGGGCUAAGCCCCACAACGUCGAACAGGGCACUGACCCCCUGAACGGCCCCACCAAACUGUCCGCCAUCAUUUCCAAAUCGGUCGCGAUACAUUCCGAUGGGCAGCUGCGAAUGAAGGUCAAAGAAGGCGAUGAGAAUGGGAAGGACGACAGGAGGAUUAGCAGGUCAGUCGGUUCGUAUUCCGACGAGGAAAACGGCUUCUCACUCGCCGCUUCCUUCGAAGUAGGCUCUGAACCCGCGUUGACAGUCGACGGUCGGUGCGACUCCCGAAAAAAAGAAGAAGACUCGUCGCGUCUACCGCAAAGCAUGGGGGAGGGGCAAUUCUUGGAAAGGUGGCUAGAAAACACUCCGAUGUGCUCCAAUGAGGAUAUGUAUCCGGAAGAGGUUUUGGGUACCUCUUCAGAACGCGAGAAGGUUCUUUUGGCGAGAGCUGAUGCUCUGCGUUCUACCAAAUCGUUCAAUUUGAUGAGGCCCAAACCGUAGAGGGAGAGAGAAAAGAAGAGGUUUAUGUGCGAGGUAUUGACUAGAGUGACUUUAUAGAAUAGAGUGGCGACAAUAGUGAUGCAAUUUUUGAUUGGUCAGAGCUCAAAUAUGGAGGUGGAUCCGCCUGUCUUGUUUUUUUUUCAGCAGUUAUACCAUAU